AUGUUACCUUUGAAAAGUAGCAUAAGUCUUGACGAUUCCGCCGUGGAAAACUCGAUUGAUUUUUGCCGCUUUGAGGGAUCGACAAAUCCGCCAAAGGAGUGUGUUUUUGCCCCACCCCCACAGCUUGCGAGUGUCAAGAGUGCGGGGAUAACAACGAAUGAGUGGAGCGGCUCCGCAAGCGCCGUUUUUAUAGUCGUGAGUUCCCCGCUUCGAUGUAGUUUGGUGGCACGCUUCUUCUGCACACGUCUCCUGCAUUAUCUGCGCUGGUGCGGUGAGAGUGUUAGGUUUUUCCUUGCAGGGCCCAAUGAACGAGACACCGAAGUGCAACGCUUUGCGGAUGACCCGGUGGCCUGGCAGAAGUACACGGAGUCGUGUUUGGAGCAAUCAUUAGAGUAUUUGGCUUCCAAUCCGCGUCUUGGUUUCGCGGCGUUUCCUGUGGUAAUUCUCCUGCUUGACUGUGAGCCAAUGGAUGCGUAUGACAAGUUGCACGGCAUGCUGAAGUCGCGGGGAAAUUUUUCGUUCGCCACGUCUGGUUCGAUGAGGACUGGAAGCGACGCAGUUCACUGA